UGUGAAUAGCAUAUUGUUGCGGAAUGAAGAUCGAGCAACUCCUCCACCCGACUACAGGUAUUGUUCCCGACGCAAGUCCAGGGGAAUUCGCCCACCAGCAAAACAAGUCCGGCAACAAGUCCGACUGCGGCAGGAACCCACCCAAACACUACGUUAAGCGCGCCAACGUCAACGCCGCACUGCUUGCGCUCGCCAACGGCCUGGAGUACUCAGUGACGACGUUCAACCGCAGGACCAAGGAACAUGAGGUUAUUUCGGUGUCACCGGGAGCCGGAUGCAUCCGGCUGAUGAACUACCUUGCCCCUACGCUCGGUCACGAUCGCGUACCCACAGACGCUCACGCGUCCGCCAUCCAAACACCAGCGCAGUUGAAAGGACAAUUUCCGGGUUCGGCGGUCUGGUCGGCACACCUGUUCAAGGAAGACGGCGUGCCGAACGUCAACGGUUCAUGGAGUGCUCGCAUUUCUUCGGGAAACUUCCGCCCAGACGAGGCAGCAUUGAUCCGCGGUUACCAACGGUACUUCGGAUGCGGGGGGGGUGAUGGGGGGUGCGGCAAUGUUCGGUGCCCCUACUGCUGGGAUGAGUCUACUUCCCUAGAAUCUACCCUGAUAGAGUGCUCGAGAUACAUGCGCGUGCCGCAGGUAGCUAGCUGUGGCGUGGGACGUUUGAGGGGUGGCGACGCCAAGGCUGCCGCGCGAGUUGGGCCGCGUGACGACUGGGCACUAGGACAGGGGCAGGGAAACGAUGUUGAAAUAUUCAACAAACCACCUCCGACCGGUGACGACGUUUCGCCAUCCGUAGAUGACUUGACAAUGAGCAAGAUCAUCUACUUCUUCGACCAUAAAGGAAACAAGAACUCCUUCAGCGGCGAGCCACGGCCGUCCACGUGGUGGGUGCUCGCGUACGACUAUGUCGGGAUCGGCAAUGGGAACGAGCGGGUGCCCGAUUCUGUCACCCGACACCCGACGUUGUCACUGCAAGGGCGGGGCCGUCCUAAGGUUUACCCGGUGCAAGCCAUCAGGCGGCAGGUGCACAUGUAUCACCAAUGCCCUCAGCACAGCGAUGUUGGAUCGAGUACGUCGCAAAUUUGCGGAGAAUCCCAGGGGCCGUACAGUGGUGGCAGGGACCGUGUCUGGCACCACAGGUUUCGGCUAGCAUUGCCGGGAUCACGAAACGGCUACGACAGGUACCUCCUGAACGAAGUGCACCACAGCACCAACCAAGACACGUUUGUCUGAACGCGCGAAGGCUGGUUUCUCGGAGGAAUGGAUAAUCUAAGAGAUAGAGAGCGCGCCAUGGACAACAGUUUCGUGGAGAUUUGUCUACGCCACUGCGUGUGUGUCUGUACGCCGGUGUUCGCCAGCUACGAGAGAGGGCGGAGAUGGGGAUGGCAAUGGAGAGAGGCUAACGACGCAACCUUCAGACCGCACUUGUGUUGAGGGUUAGCGGGGUCAAGAAGAGGGGGGCGGCUACGGAUGGUGGGGCUUGGGUGCCUCGUGGAGUUUGUAGACGCGGGUUCGAGUCCGGGCAGCGCCGUCUUUUUUUUCCAUCUGUUCCUUAAUUUUUUAUUUUGUUUGCUGUUCCCGCCUUCGAUCAUGUUGUAAAUCGGUAAUUUUCGAUUAAACUUUUCCCCCCACGUUGGCCGACACACUCGUCAACCACGAAAAAGGCUCGAGUCAUGAAAUGGGUGCAUUUAGACACAAUACACCCGAAGUACGCGUACCGUUGUACGGCAUAAGAAUAAAAUCUGCGCGGCGGGAGGCUCAUGUUAUAUAUCGUACACACAG